GGCCAGUACCACAGCUCAGUUGAGAUUUACUGCUCAGAGCGUGCACACGCAUACUAUACGAAUCCUUCCUACUUACGCACCUCGCGCCUUCCUCGUGCGAUUAGAACUUAGUUCGCGAUCGCCGGCAGACCAAUCACGGUCCAGUUCGCUAACGCGCCUCCGUACAAAACGGUUUCUUCUCUUAUACCUUUCCUCUUCUUCUUCUUCUUUUUCUUCCUCUUCACGUGCUGCUGGGGACAUACUGCGGAGAAGCGCCGCGUUUAGGUGACAGAGCUGGUCACCAGGGUCUGCACGCGACUGUGUCGGGACAUCCGGAAGAAAUUUUCGAAGAAAGUUUGGAGAACCGGAGAAGAGACACUCUUUAAAAACUACGACUACGAUUGUCAUUGUUGACAACUUGCAUCCGUGAUUCCGCGAGGUGAGCGAGAUUGAGAUCGGAAGCGAGAGACUAAUUACGCGCGCGAUACCGAUAUCAUCUGUCAACGAGCUUCAAGGAUUUAAUCGCGAGAAGAUUAACGAGUAAUUUUCGCUCGAGAAAUCUAAGUUUUUUUUUUUCAAAAAUUCGAAGAUUAUUCACAGACGCUGUUUAUCGAGCAAAAUUCCUUCGAGCGAAAUUUUUAAGAUUCGAUAUCUUUUUUUUUGUGAAUCAUUUUUGUUCAGAUUGAAAAUUAUUUCUGGAAACGAAAUCGAGAACAUUUCGAACUCUGUUUUAUCUUUUGCAAUAUUAUUUACGUUAAUUUUUGGAAAUACGAAUCAUCUGCCAUUGUAAUCGAAUACAGAAUUCGCGUGCAGCGCGACUGCAUCAAGUUCUUCGAGCAAUUUUUCAUUAUCUGCGACAAUGAUUAAAAUCUUCGUGCUUAUUUUAUUGGUGUCCAUCGCAACCAAUACAUGGUCCCAUCAUCAUCACCAUCAUCAUCAUGGAUUUUAUCCGGUGCAUAGAAAAGAAAACAGUCACGUAAAUUUUGUCAAAGGAAAAUCCAAUUUUAAGAGUGAGGAAACCACUUUGCUGUCAGAAUCGUUGAAGAAAAGUGCAAAACACGUAGAGGCCUUAGAGAGAAAAGGAUCGACUCCCUUCAGUGUACGGAGAGUAGAAAAAAUGCUGGAAAAGGCAAUCUUUCAAAUAAUCACAGGUGAUCUCAGCACGGCCGAUAUGCUGCUGCUGAAGAGUCUCAAUUACACUCCCGAAGAAGUACUGGCGAUUCGCGAGCGUGAACUCGGCAAACGAAAGGAUGAUGAAUUGAAGAGGACAACAGAAUCCAGUGAAGAGGGAAGAUUCUACGAGCAGAAUCUCUAUGAAAGCAGAGCGAAGCAUUGGAACAACAAUCCCAUGGAGUACGAUUCGUCUUCUCGUUACGAUCCCGACGUGUCUGAUAAGAAGAGAAACCGAUACGGGGAAAGGGACGACAAGAACUUCGAUUUUGACGCUUACAAUCGCCAGGCGGUGAUCGAUUACGAGAACUUGGCCUCCAAGCUCGAGCUGCAGCAGCAAUCGUGGUCCGAGGCCACGAAUCUCGAUUACGAGGACGAGUCGAGAAACGUCGAAGAGCAGGACACAUCGCAAAAUCUUCAUCGAAGCUUCGACCGUGCCAUGGAGCCCCACGUGAUCUUCAAGAUUCCCUACGACGAUUCCGAAUUCGAUUCCAGUUCUGGUUCCGAUGAGAAAUCAAAGUUCGUAGGGGAAGGCGCCCUCGCUUCGUCUAAGGAUCCGAAACAUCCUUCGACCUUGAGGCACACGACUGCCAGGAACGUUGCCAAUUCCUUUCACGUUCCGUCAUUAUCUACUACCUCUUCUUCGUCUGCUCCUUCCGCAGCUACUGGGCAUACUCCGCUUCCCAUAGUAUAUCAGCUGGGGAACAUUAAAGACGUCAGGUCAAAUUACACCAGGAAUCAAUCUAUCUUCGACACGACAGAAUCUCCGGAUCUUAUCAUCACGAGCGAUAUCGUUGCAAACGUUUCAUCUAACGUGACUGAAUUUGAUACCUUGACAGAUUUCAAUGAUUCGUUCGCCACAGACGCGGUCAAAGACAAUGAUACGGUCGAUAAAAAAAUCAGUGAGUACGAGGGACUGGAGUGGGUCGGGGAGGAUGUCUACAGAGUGAUACCGGCUUUCGCGGACUCGCUGGGCUACGUCGAUGAGAACGAGACGUCGGAUUACGAUGAACAAAUGAUGAAUACCUUACCGGAGAGAAACGAGAAUGACACUCUGGAGUAUCAGAACGACGCCCUGGAUCAGACGAAGCAUUUCAUGGCCAACAUCAACGCGUCGUCAUCCAUCGAGGAAGCAUCGUUAAUGAAUCUUUCUGCCUAUCAACAAUUGGCGCUCGCUCAUCGCCGAGAAGAAAACGUAACCCCAAGCUUCGGCAGUCAAGGUCAAAAGGCCUUGGAAAAUAUCAAGACGAUAGUCCUCGGGAUAACUGGCAGACGCAACAACAAUAGCACCAGCACCAAUCAGAUUCAGCGCGAGAGGCUCACCAUGUUCUCGCCUACUUGUCAGAUACCUCGAAACACGGACGCCGAGGCUUGGACAGAUCCGUUCUCGAUGAACAUACAUUUCCAAUUGAAUCUGACUUCCGGUGACCAUGUUGUCGCGGCGAAAUUGCGAAUUUAUAAAUUACCGCAGGAGAAUCUCACGACUUACGCGAGCGGGAGUUUCGACGAGGACGAGGAUGACGAGAAGAAGAUCAGGAUAUCCGUUUACUAUUACACGAAAUCGCUGAAAAGGCAUCGAUCGAAGAAACGAUUGAUGGACUCCAUCGUGACGCCCCUGACGAGCUAUGGCAAACAGUUGGUGCUGGAUGUCAGGCAAGGCGUGAGAUUCUGGCGAAUGAUUCCGCGAAGUUCUCCGCACGGCAACGGUAACAAUCACGGUUUGGUGAUUCAGAUUGAGGAUCAAGACGGCCGGGCGCUGAAACCGGCUCUGUAUCUCCAGCAGCCGUCCUGCGCCGACCACGAUUCCAAUCAGAAGGCAUUCCAACUCAAACCAGCACUUUUCAUCCGAGCUUGUGCUCGUUACAGUCAUAUCGUAAACGGCGAGAAAGUCACAUACGUCAAUUGUAAGCACUAAACAGAAAUGGCAAUAUUCGAUUGGAUCAUCGGCAACGAGUGAAUUUGUUUCGAAGCGAGCCAACUUAAAUUACGUUGUCGUCGUCUUAAAAUAUCUGCACGGACAAGACAAAGACAGGUGUAAUUUUUUUUUUUUGUAUAAAUUCAAAAUCACGCGAGUAUAAAGAUAUGUCUAUCCAGAAAUAUUAUGUAAAAAUGCCUUCUCUAAGUAUUGAAUUUUAAACUUUAGAAUUUAAGAAGUUUCGUAUUAAUGGUGAAGGAAAUUUCAUAUAAUUGAAUGAUAGAUUAAUAAACAGAUAAUUCAGAGAGCAAAUUAAAAAGCGAAACAUUUUCUUUUCUCUCAAGCUCUCUCAGUCUUCAAAAGAGACGCCUUUAAAUUUGUUUACUAACUGCUUAUUUCUUUUACUGACAAUUCGAGAAGGAUGUAUAGGCCCGGCUUUAGAUAAAUAACAAUAGUUGUAAAAAAUAAAUAUGAUUCUAUAGGAGUUUUUCAUAUAGACUGUUUUUAACUUAAGGAAGAAUUAUUUAAAUAUAGUAAUUUAAGCCUUCAUAUAAUAAUACUUGUACGUUUAAAUGAACUGUCUUCAUUUUAAAUAUCCUAUUAUAAUGUACAUAUAAUUAAGUGUAAAUGACUUUUAUGCAUUCGCCGACGUAUCAACAUAUGACACGUGACUGACAUAGCCAAAUGUAAAAGUUUAGGAUCGCGCGCGUGCGCGUAUACACAUGCGCGCAUACGUACACACACACAUACAUACAUAUACAUAUAUAUUUAUGCUAAGUAUAAAUAAAUUAGUAUAAAUAAAUAAGUAUAAAUAAUUUAAGAAUUUUAGGAUAUCUAGAUUUUGUUCCGCGUCUGCCAUCUGGUUAGAUGAAUUUGUAGAGUAUUCCUCUGCGAAACGUUGCGAAUAAAAAAAAAUAGAUUUCCGAAAAACACAUAUUCGGAUGUAUCUAAAAAUCGCAUCGCGUUCACCAGAUUUCUUAUGAUACUUACAAUGUACGUGACAAAAGAGGCAUAAUGAUUAAUGUGUCUCUGGCGGUGUAUAUAAUGUAUAUUUCCAUGUCAUGUUACAAGCAAAUAAACUCAUUUGCAGUAAGAACA